CGCGUUCACGUGUUCUCGUUGUCUGGAGAUGUCUGCGACGUCUCCGCUCCGCCUUCGUCCUGCUGCUGAACGAGGAGGUGUAAACUUUUUUUGUUUGUUUGUUUUAGUUUUGGGUGGUGAAAUGUAAGAUGAACUACCGUCCCUAAAUUCGACUCUCGAACCAGUCGCUAUCCCGGUCGUCGCCAUGGAGACAGUGGUGAUUGUGGCCAUUGGGGUGCUGGCCACCAUCUUCCUGGCAUCCUUGGCCGCCCUGGUGGUGGUUUGCCGUCACCGUUACUGCCACCCGCACCACCUGCUUCACCACUUUGAUUCCAAACCUACAGUGGACCUGAUUGGCGCCAUGGAGACGCAGAGCGAGUUGUCUGAGCUGGAGUUGGACGACGUGGUCAUCACCAACCCGCACAUUGAGGCCAUUCUGGAGAACGAGGACUGGAUCGAGGAUGCCUCCGGAUUGGUCUCUCACUGCAUCGCUAUCCUGAAGAUCUGCCACACGCUGACAGAGAAACUGGUUGCCCUGACGAUGGGUUCCGGGGCCAAAGUCAAAGCGCCGGCCAGCCUGAGCGACAUCAUCAGUGUGGCAAAGCGCAUUAGCCCCAGGGUGGACGACGUGGUACGAUCCAUGUACCCGCCUUUGGACCCAAUCCUGCUGGAUGCCAGAGCAACCGCUCUUCUCCUGUCGGUCAGUCAUCUGGUCCUGGUCACCCGCAACGCCUGCCACAUGUCGGGCAGCCUGGAUUGGAUCGACCAAUCGCUGCAUGCGGCCGAGGACCACAUGGUGGUGCUGAGGGAGGCGGCCCUGGCCUCUGAGCCGGAUCGCGGAGUCCUCAACGGGUUUGAGGGGCAGAGGGAGCAUGCCAUCUAGACCACCACUGGAACUUUGAAUGCAGCACCAGCACAUCAGGCUUCAAACAUUCGUUCAAACCUUCAACCUUGAUUCAAACCCCAACCAUGUUUUCAAAUGCUACUUUGAAACCCUAACAGUCACUUCAAAUCCCAAUUUCAAUCCUUAACGCCAACAAAGACCUAAUCCUGGUUUGAAACCCAAAUCCUGGCAUUAAAAACCCGAUGCUGUCUUGAAACCCUGAUCUGAAAUCCUAAUCUUUGCUCGAAACCCCAUCCCUGGCAUGAAACCCUAAUCAUUGCUUCAAAUCUUAACCCUAAUUUGAAACCCUGAUCCUGUCUUGAAAUCCUGAUUUUCAAACCCCAAUCCUGCCUUAAAAACAUAUUUUAAAUCCUUCACCUCACCAAAACACUAAUCCUGGUUUACAACUGUCAUUUGAAACUCUGAUCCUGUUUUAAAACCAGAAUCCUGUUUUGAAAUCCUGACAUGAAACUCAAAUUAUUGCUUCAAAUGUUGUGACGCCCUAAUUUGAAACCCUAUCCCUGUCCUGGACCACGGAUUGGAAACCCUCAAUCUGGCUCAAAACCCAACUUCGAAACCUGUUUACGUGUGACUGAAGUCCAGACGUUCUUUGAUGCUUGACCGACAGCCGUACUCGGCAAUCAAAACCUCAGCACUGUCUUGAGCAUGAGGGGGAGGCGCCAAGGAUGAGAAAAUCAAAGCAAAAGUCGAUGACUAAUGAUCGUUUCGUCUACUUUCUCAAAAAAUGUGGUCAAAAUCCCAAAUCCAUGAAAGACGUUUUUCGCAGUGAUGGGAUAAAAUCCACUCUCACACGGAGGAUUAGUCAAAUAAUCCAGUCAGCUGUGGUCUGUUUUUGUUUUGGUGGUAAAAGUUUGUAGCUUUUUCCAGGCCCCCAAAUGGCUGCCCACGAAAGGCAACACCGCGUAAGUCGUUUGUGACAAUCAAGGAUGAGAUGUCACAAAAUGUGCCAUUUAUGUCAUUUCUAUUGUUUAUUAGAUAUCUUUUGUAAGCACUCACACCACAUACAGUAGUUUGUCACGUGUAUAUUCUAUCUGUGAUUUGUACAGAUAAAAUGGUUGUUGUACUGUGUCUUGUUGAAAAAGUACAUAAAUAAAGUUGAGCUACACUUCUUUUUUU